CACAUUUGCCCUUGGCCUAUCAGUCAAACCUAGCCCGGAUCUCAUAAAUACUACAAAGGGGUGUCCCAAAGUGCUACUUAAAUAUCCAUGGUGCCUUAGCUGUCUUCUCUACGCAGUCCCUUAACAUUCCGCCUCAGGAGUCACUGCGAGUCUAGAUCACUCUUUUGGUCAGCUCAAAAGUAUAAGAAUAAGAGCCUUAUUCUGAUACCUACUUUAUCAAAUUCCACUCGCGAUGAAGCUCGCCCUUGCUGCGGCGAUUUUGAGCGCUGCUCUGCCGGCACUGGGAGUGAACCUACCGCUUAAGACAUCCUCGCGAUGGAUCCUCGACGCUGAUGGAAACCGAGUAAAGCUUCGAUGUGUCAACUGGGCUGGCCAUCUCGAGACCAACACCCCUGAGGGUCUGAACAAGCAGCCAGUGCAACAUAUAGCCGACUUCGUUGCCUCACAAGGGUUCAACUGUGUGCGCCUCACAUAUUCGAUCGACCAUGCCUUGAAUCCUGAUACUCCACUAUCCCAGGCUUUCACUAACGCGGCGACGGCUGCCAGCGUGGAUGUCAAUGCCAUGAACAGCAUGUACACGCAGGUCGUCGAGAAGAACUCAUUCGCUGCUAAUGGUACGAACCGAGAUGCCUAUGAGGCCGUCAUUGCUGCGUUAUGGAGUCGGGGUGUCAUGACUAUCCUAGACAAUCAUAUCAGCAAGGCAGGCUGGUGUUGCGACCUCACUGAUGGAAAUGGGUGGUGGGAUAAGGGGGCCGGCUACAACUCCGCAAAUAGCCGCUUCUUUAACACUGAAAACUGGCUCAAGGGCGUCGAAUCGAUGGCGACCUGGGCGAAUUCCCAGCCUGGCGUGAUUGGAAUGGGACUGCGCAAUGAGAUCCGCGAGUUCCUCUUACAGGGCACGUUCAACGGACGGCAGGACUGGUACAACUUCCUCGGCCAGGCUGCGAAGCGAGUCCACGCGGCCAAUCCGUCGGUGCUCAUCUUGAUGGGCGGCACGCAGUCAUCGACAGACCUAACGCACAUCCGCACCCAGGGCAACAUCGACUGGAGUGCGUGGGCGGGCAAGCACGUCUGGGAGUGGCAUGCCUAUGAGUUCACGGUGACGUACGCGCUCGCCAAGGGGAAUUGCGACCUGUUGAAGCAGACGUAUGGUCUGUUCAACGGUUUUGUGCUAGAGCAAGGCCGGAGCUACACGUCGCCUCUCAUCCUUUCCGAGUUUGGCUUCGGCACGACCGGCGGCCCCAACAUGGGUCUCUCUGACGCCGACAACAAAUACUUCCAGUGCCUUAGGGAGUAUGUCCUUAGCAACGACUCCGAGUGGGCUAUGUGGGCGCUCAUGGGUUCCUACUACGUGCGCGAGGGCGUGGUCGGCCGUGAAGAAGGUUACGGCCUCAUGGAUCCGGAUUGGGUUGGCUUGAAGAACCAAGAUCUGCCGUCGCUUCUCGAGCCCAUGUUCCAGGUCACGCAAGGCCCUUGAGUUUCAGGGAGACAGGUUUUCAAGUUUUUGGACUCUCCUUUUUGGUUCCAUUUCUUAGGAAUGCUACACACCGGUAACGGCAACGUGAGACUGCUUAUAAUCCAAUCCAUGGUAUGAUCUGUAUAUAUGAUGAGAUGAACACAUGGGGGUUUAUGAGCCAACGGUAUUAUGUUAGGAUAUCAGCCAGGCUGGACAGGAAGAAGCAUGUGCAUAUUUUAUAAUGAAGAGAAUCAUAAACACUACGUAAACGAACCCGCAAGUCCUUAAUCAUGUGCACCCGGACAUUAUUAUUGACAUCUAG